UAAAGAAUUUACACAUUCUUUAAUGAAAAUGAAGUUAUGAACGGAUGUGACAAUUAAUUAAUAAACUAAUAUUAAUUAUAAUUAUAUUCGCGACAGUUUGAAAAACAACUUUUCACGUUUUCUUUGCGCAUCCUACGUUACAUAACUUCAGUAAAUUGUGUUAGCGCUGAAUUUUAUGGAUGAUUCUGGACGAUUUUUCUUUAUAUAUCAAAAAGUAGUCCAGAAAUUGAGUUGGAAAUUGGGAGCAUCCUCAAAAAUCUGAUCAUAUUUUUGAGGUUAAUUUACAUUUUUCGUGUUUUUAAACAUUUUUUGUGGAGCCUGCCUGAUCUUUGCAGUGUUUGUUCCUUGACAUCAGCUUGACCAAGAAUUUAUUUUUACAAAAACAAUACACAUCAACAGUCCCUAUGAUGUUCUAUGAGUGGAGUUCAAAGGAGUUUACACCUUUUUUUGUAAUUACUCAUUAAUUUAAUAAAAUUUAUUUUUAAGUGUGUGUUAUGAAUCAUUAACCAAUAAUUAAGAGAAGAGCUUUCUUUUUUCUUAUAAAAGAAAUAAAAUUUAAAAAGUUUUUAUAAAUCCAAAAUGAGAAGAUGGUGUGUUGGACGUUGGUGUGCGUGUUGACAUGCAUUCUCGCCGGUGUGACUGGAAAUUUGGAUGAAAUUAUCCGGAUCAAUCAAAACGCGCAUGUUAUUGGAGACUUACUGGACGGCGAUGUCUUUAUGCCAACAAAGAAUACAUCAGAAGGAGAGCAUUCACGACACAAAAGGGAUGUGCAUAUAUUUGGAAGAUGGUUCAAUGCUAUUGUUCCCUUUACAAUGGAGGAGGACAAGUUCGACGAUCGCGAGAAGAAGGUAAUAUUUGACUCAAUGGCCAUCAUAGAAGCUGUCUCGUGUGUUAGAUUUGUGACCAGGCAUGAUGAAAGGGACUAUAUAUUUAUCACAAGACUAGGAGGAUGUUGGAGUCCUAUUGGUCGACAAAUUGGCAAACAAGCUUUAUCUAUUGGUUACGGCUGUGUUUCAGAAAGUGUCAUUGUGCACGAGAUGUUGCACGCACUUGGAUUUUUCCAUGAACAUCAAAGACCUGAUAGAAAUGAUUAUAUUGAAAUACUUUGGGACAAUUUGCAGACCUCUGUUUGGAAACAAUUUAUCAUACAUUCCAACGUGGCAACUACACUAGACUUACCCUAUGACUAUUACAGUAUUAUGCACUACGGAAAGUAA